AAUCUCACAUUCAAUUCUCUCCCAUUUUGCUCAUGACAACUUUCAUCUUUAUGACGUCAUAUAUACAAACAAUAUAUACAUAUAACCACCGGUUGUUAUCUCUUCUUUCUUCUUUCUAGCCACUUUUUAAACCUCUUGUUGCAGGUUCUGUGGGUCACAUAACAUUUAAUUUGGCCAGUUGGGUAUAAACACCCCAUUUUGGUUUUAAUUGGAUCGAAUUUAAGAUUUCAAAUCAAAUGCAGACUCCAAAAACAAGCACAAAGAGCUCUUCUGGAUCUGAAGGUGGUAGGAGGGUAUCGCCUCGAUCGGUGUCGUCUAGCAGUGACCGGACCUCUGGUCAAGUUGUUCGACAACUUAAGACCACCCGGCUUGAACCGCCCAAAACACCGAGAACUACUAGUCCGAAAAUAGUUGAUCGCGCCUCACCGAGAAGCCACGUUACCGAGUUGCAGAAGAAUCGUUUAGGAAGAAUUUCUGAACUCGAAACUCAAGUUACUCAACUCGAGGAUGCUUUACGGACGGUUAAGGAUCAACUAAUCGUGUCGGAAUCAUGGAAAAAACAAGCCAAGAUAGAUGCCGAAGAGUCGAGAAAGGAGCUUUUAGCCUUGAGUUUACGGCUUGAAGAGUCUCAAAAGCUCUUAGAUCAAUCAUCUUCCAAAGAAGCGCGUGAUGAACAAGAUGAUGAUUCAGCAGCAUUGGCAGCUGCAUUAAUUGAGAUUGACCAACUAAAAGUCAAACUUAUAACAACAACUGAAUCAGAAGCCACAAAAACCAAACAAGCAGAAUCAGCAGAAGCCGAGAUACAUACCUUAAAAGAAAACAUCGCCGAAACACUUUCGAAAAUGAAGGAGAUGAAGAACCAACUUGAAGACUGCAAAGUUUCAGAGUCUAAAGCCCGGGCUUUAGCAACCGAAACAUUACAGCAACUCGAAGCUGCAAAAAAGAACAUGGAGUCAUUAAGUAUAAACAGUGAUGCAUAUAAUGCAGUGGUUAUGGAGUUGCAACACUCGAGAGCGCGUGUACGUUGUUUAGAAGAGAUUGUUGAGAAUAUGAAGAAAACUGAACAAUGUAGUCAAACUAUGGAGUUGACUGCUGAAUUGAAAAAGUCAAAAGAGGAUAUUGAGGAAUUGAAGGCUAAUUUGAUGGAUAAAGAGACUGAAUUGCAGUGUGUAGUCGAAGAGAAUGAGGAUUUGAAUGCGAAAUUGGGGAAUUUGAUCGCGGGUGUGCAAGAAAACGAGUUGAAAGAAGAAGUCAAAGGUUUAAAGUCAAAGUUGACUACUUUGGAGAACGAAUUACGCAAAAAGUCGGAUGAAAAUGAGAAGCUUAAACUGGAAAUCAAGAGACUGACAAGUCUAGAGAGCAAAUUACUCGAAAAGUACGAUGAAAAUGAGAAUCUUAGACUCGAAAUCCAUAAAAUGAAAGGUGUAAUGGAGGAGUCAAAACAAGAAGUCAACGGUUUAAAGUCAAAGUUGAUUAUUAUGGACACGGACUUAUGUGAAAAGUCGAAUGAAAAUGAGACGCUUAAAUUGGAAAUCAAGAAAACGGAUGGUGUGAUGGAGACGGUGAAGAUGAGAAGUUGUGAACUCGAGGAAGAGUUGAGGAAGUUGAAACUGCAGAUGGGUCAAUGGCGCAAAGCGGCAGAGGUGGCUACCGCUAUGCUUUGUGAUGAAAACAAGGAUAACAAUGGUCGGAUGGUGGCGGAUAGGGCGUGGUCAAUGGGCCAUUAUAGCCCACGGAAAAAGAUGAAUACUACUGGUUCACCUCUUAAUAUGGAAAUCGAUGAUGAUAAUGAUAACGAUGAUGACGAUGAAGAGUUCUUAAAAAGGAAAAAUGGUAAUAUGCUUAAAAGAAUUGGAGUGUUAUGGAAGAAACCACAAAACAAAUGAUGUACUUCAAAUUCUCUUUAACUUUCAUUAUAUUUGUUACUUUCUUGUGUAACAAUCUUUGUAAUUCUUUGAAAUACUUAAAAACUAAAAUUUGCAAGCUCUUGUUAUUUUUUUUA